AUGUCUUUUGCUUCGAAGCGCAAGCCGCGCAUUAUCCAGACGUUCGAAGACGACAAUCCAGACCAAGCCAGCGGGUCUUCAGACAAAUCCAAAGAUGCCUCAAGCCAAGAUGCACCAUCAAUACCGCUGAAAUUUGGCAAACGCCCCCUUAAAUCAUCCUCCCUCCGUCGCAGCAUCAACGUCAACGACGACCAAGACACCGAGUCCGGCGGCACACCCACCCCAGCACCCAGCACAACAAAGAACGGCGAUGACGGCGAUGGCCCGGUGGUCGUGCGGCCAAUGCUUGGUCGUUCGGGAUCAACAAAGCUGAAGAAGCGCGCAUCCUCGUCGCGCCUCUCCUUCGGGCCCAGCGCCGAGGCGCCUGCGGACGACGGCGAUGGCGGGGCGGCCCUGUCCACGCCCAAGAAGAGCUCGCUGGGGCAGAAGGCCGUGGAGAACAGUGCAUUCAAGAAGUCAAUAUCGCGGCAGAGGCUACCGAUCAGGGAUGCGGACGAGGACCGGCCGCGGUAUAGCAAGGAGUACCUCGACGAGCUGCAGAGCUCGACGCCCAACACCCCGCAAAACCUAGCGUCGCUGCGGAUAGCCGAUGAGGACGAGAUGGACCUGGACCCCUCCGAGCUCGAGGGCGCAAUGGUGGUCGAGUCGACUGAGCUUGCGCCGGCUAACGCCGCUGGGAGCUCGGCACCGCACAUCCUGACCGAGGCAGAAAUCAGGGAAAAGAAGGAGCGGAGGGCGAGAUUAGCGCGGGAACAGGACUACAUGCCGCUAGACGGCUCCGACGACGAGGCGAACAGGAGCUACAUCUCGUUGCUACCGGGGAAGAAGAAGGACGAGACGAGGCUCGUCCGCGAAGACGAGGACCUCGGCGAGGGAUUCGACGAGUUCGUAGAGGACGAGGGUCUCUCGCUGGGUAGGAAAGCCGAGCGCGAAGCCCGCAAGCGGCGCAAGGCCGAGAUGGCCGAGCUCAUCAACGCGGCCGAGGACGGCGAGGACCAGGACAGCGACGACUCAGAAGCGGAGCGCAGGGCAGCGUACGAAGCGGCGCAGACGAGGGCGGGCAUGGACGGCCUGACGAAGGCGGCAGCGCAGAACGGCGACGGCGACGGCCUCGGCAGCACGGGCCCCGUCAUGAUACCCAAGAUGAAGCCGCUGCCGGAGCUGGCCGACUGCCUCGCGCGCAUGCAGAGCAUCGUCCAGGGGCUCGAGGACGAGGUCACCAAGAAGCGCAAGAAGAUGGCCGAGCUGGAGCGGGAGAAGCAGGAGAUUCUCGACCGCGAGAAGGAAGUGCAGGACAUCCUGGACAAGGCCGGGCAGAAGUACCAGUCUGUCAUGGGCAGUGCGGAUGCUGUCAAGCUGGCCACGCAGUCGCCGCUGAGAGCGAUCCCGCCUGGGCUGGCUGGUGAUAUCCCCGUGGAGCGCGGCCUGGAGAGCCUGGGGACGACGCCGACUAAGCGGCCCGAGGUGGAUGAGUUGUAG